AUCGACAUUUAUCGUGGCAGUCGCCAGCGGUUGGUCUCCUCGAGAGCUUUGACCGGAAAAUCUGUACUUGACGCACGCAAAUAUAAUUUUGCGCGAGCAAUCAAUAUUUCUAUCUUCUAUUGAAGAUUAUUUAUCGACAAUCUUGUAAGAUUGUUCUUACAAGGAUAAUACGCGAAUAUUAAAUGUCAAACAUGAGACUAGCUCUUUUGUUCGGCCUCGUAGUCACCGCGUUUUGCUCUGGCAGCAACGCCGAGAGCAAACCAAAUGGACCAAAAGUGACACACAAAGUACAUUUCAUGGUUACGAUUGGCGAAGAGCCCGCGAAAGAAAUCGUGAUUGGUCUUUUUGGUAAAACCGUCCCUAGAACUGUAGAAAAUUUCGUAGGUCUAGCUGACGCACCAGAGGGUCAAGGUUACAAGGGAAGCAAAUUCCACCGUCUAAUUAAAGACUUUAUGAUCCAAGGAGGAGACUUCACAAAGGGUGACGGUACCGGAGGACGUAGUAUUUUCGGUGAACGCUUUGAGGAUGAAAACUUCAAGCUCAAACAUUACGGAGCUGGAUGGGUAUCGAUGGCUAACGCUGGCAAAGACACCAACGGCUCUCAAUUCUUCAUAACGGUAGUCAAAACACCGUGGUUGGAUGGCAGGCACGUCGUUUUUGGAAAAGUCAUUGAUGGAAUGGAAGUGGUCAAAAAAAUGGAAGCAAUUGGCAGUGACUCCAAAGACAAUAAGCCAAAUCAACCAAUGGUCAUUCAAGACAGCUGGUCUGAAGUUGUAGACGAGCCUUUCGCUGUUUCAAAAGAUGACGCUCAUUAAAGUCUUCAGGAGCAAUUAUCUUCCAUCUUUCUUACAGCAGUUAUAACCAUGCUUGAGAAAAAGCUCAAUUUCCAAGGACCUAUAACCAACAUUCUACAGCCAUACAUUUCAACUUUUCUACGAGUAUAAAACACGCAUUUGAUUUAUUCAACGUUCAAUAAAAUUCAUUUGUUUUGAUUAUUUUUCACGACACUUCAAAA